CUAAUCAAAAUGGCUAAUAGAGAAGUGAAAAUAAAUGAGUUUCUGUGUUUUGUACAAAACAAAAUUGAUAUUUUAGAUGACUUAAGUGUGGUACAAAUUUGUGAAUCCAACUUUAAAGAGAGUGUAAUUGAAAAUGGGAAGAGUGAACUGUAUGGUUUAAUACCCGAAAGUGGAAGGUGCAUCCUGAGGAAAGGUGAAGAUAAGAAAAAGAAGGAUAUAAAAGAUGUGAUGAAGGUAUUAAAGGAAACACCUACCGCGACGCAGCCUUUUUUUGUGGCUCAGGACCUUAACCUAUUACCACCGGUUACAUUCGACUAUAUUGACGUCACACGCCUUCUGAAAGACAUUGUAAUUUUGAAGACCGAGCUGCAAAGCUUAAGAAAUGACACUGUUUCGAAAUCCGAAUUGAAAGAUUUUGAAACAAAGAUUAGCGCAGAUUUACAAAGCAUGAGUUCGUCGGUUCAACAGCUUGAUAAACAACAAUGCGUACUAUCGCCUAUUCCAACACCAUCUCAGAAAAAUAGCCCGAAAAGACUACGAAAAGGUAUAAUAAGCGAUAGUAGUGAUAAGGAAAAGUUAACUCAGUUUCAGCGGAGCGACGGGUACCCGAGCCACAGUAGGCACUCUCAGCCGAGUCAACAGCACACGGAACCGGUUCGCGUACCGUCGUACAGAGAUAUCGCACUGCUACCGUCGACGUCGGCUAUGCCUACUCGGGCGCCACUGCAAGCGAAUAUCACCCGUCAGGACAGAAACAACAUGCACGAAGAUAGCUUUACCUUAGUUGAGCGCAAAAAACGUAACAAGCGGAAUAACAACAUGAAUGGCACUGCGCAACAGCCGAGCAAACUACAGGUGGCGCAGUUACCAGCGAUUAUUUACGUUUCACGGCUAAUGAAAACUACGACCGUAGAUGACAUUAAGGAACACAUCCGAGAAAUGAAAGAGGACUGCAUUCAAGUAGAAUUGUUAAAACAAAAUUAUGAAACAAGCUUUAAUUGA